GGUUUUCGACAGGUUUCCGAUAGGCUCACACUUCCUGCAAUUACCACUCUGCAGGUUUUGUGUUCUCCUGAGGACGAUGAGCCAGUGGACACUUUUACCUCGAUAUAUCAUCUUCUUGACCGUUCCAAGCCGCCACUCACUAUGCUGCAGUUUGACAAUGGUCCAGUUCUCGCUGAAGACCUUCUGAAUCUCUUUCGCAUUACACCUACACUCGAAGACGUUCGACUUCGGACGCCUAACGUCGUCUUCACUUCCGAAGUCUUGGAAGAACUCACGGUAGAUCAUACAUCGUCAAGUUCCAAGGACGUGGUUUUACCACGCCUGCGCCACCUCUGUAUGUGUGUUACAGUGUGUCAGGAACUUACGAGGAUGGUUCAAUCUCGUUGGAAUAUGGGCCAAUCAUGCCGAGUCGAGCGUCUACAAACCCUGAAGUUAUACUGUCUUGACAAACAGUCCGCUGAGGUCCUCAGAAGCUUCGUGUUAGAAGAACUUGAGGGGUGUUUUAGGGAGGGACUUUCUUUCAAAAUCACUUACGAGUGUGCCAGCUGCAAUGACUUACAUGAAAUCGAGGAAAUGGAUUUACCUCUUUGAUUGCAAUAAAACUCGAUACGUAGCAUUUCUCUCUUGUCUAUGGUUUCGCGACCUGCUAUCAUUGCUAUCACCCGUGACUAUGUUCUCGCGCUCAGUUUAGAUACCAAGAAAGCACUUCAGUUGAUGUGAAGGCUGUACAUGUUUCCCCCUCUGUACGAAC